AAAAAAGAACAAAAAAGAAGUGAAGAGAGAAAGCAACUUUUAAUCUGAUUGUGUGAGAGAGGAUGAUCAUUUCAUAGGAGUGACUGAGUGAGACCCAAAAAAAGAGCAGAAGCAGUCAGAAGAUUCAAUAAUUCCUCUCAAAUUCACCUCUCUUUCAUUUCAGAGACUAUUUAAUUUCUCUACGCUAACACAUCGAUAAUCUCUGAAAUCCUCAUUACCUAUUCUUCUCCUUCGCUUAAGCUUUGGCAGUACGUGAUCAUUCUCUCUCUCUCUCUCUCUCCAUGGAAGCUACUGAGUUAUGAUCCUAAUUACUCCCACCGGAUCUGACUAGGUCUUUAAUUAUGCUAAGAAACAAACCUAGAGCAGCAGCAGUAUCUCUAAUGGCUGAUCAAACCCCAUCUUCAACAACUAACACCAACCACUCUUCAAAAACUCUCUUCACCUUUACCUCUCCAAAGUUUAGGUUUUUGUCUUCAAAGAUCACUCCUUUCGACGCCGAUUUCUCCCUCAUCAGCCCGACCUCGAUCCUCGAAGCUAACCCAUCAAUCUUCUCCUCCAAAACCCCUAAACCCACUUCCUAUUUCGAGCCCACUACCCCUAAACCCCAAAGGUUUCACCCACCAGACGCCUUUGGACUCGCCGAUCUCGUCGAAAACAGCAGAGACAGUAACACUAACAGUCACCGCUCGAGAAAACCUGUCAACAAGAUGGUUCUUUUCGGGUCAAAGCUCAGAGUCCAGAUCCCAUCGGCCGAUUUUGGAACUAAAACUGGCAUAAGAUUUCCCGGUCAUGGUCAUCAUGGUCAUGGUCAUGGUGGACAGGGACAACUCAGCCCUUGCGUCCAAACAAAGGUCUUAGCCAUGAGCGAGAUUGACCAGACGGAAGACUACACGCGCGUCAUAUCUCACGGUCCCAACCCAACCAUUACUCAUAUCUUCGACAACUCUGUAUUUGUGGAAGCGACUCCUUGCUCUGUUCCUUUGCCACCACCAGCCAUAAAGACCGAGAAAACUGACAGCUUUCUAAGCUUUUGCUACACCUGCAACAAGAAUCUUGACCACAAACAGGAUAUCUAUAUAUACAGAGGAGAGAAAGGGUUUUGCAGCAGCGAUUGCAGGUACCAGGAGAUGCUUCUUGAUCAAUUUGAGAGCUAGCAACGCCCUUUCUCCAUCUCCUUCUAAUAUUGGUUUCGUCUUUAUUUUUGUCACAAAAAUCUACUUUGGUAUUAGUAUUGUUUUCUUUUGUAUUAUUAGUUCAGUUCUCUUUUACUUCCUCCUCUUAUUUUUUCCUUUUCCCCUUUGUAUGAAAGAUAGACAAAGAGAGAGUUGAUAGAUAAUAACUUCUUCUUCCUUUUUUUUUUGGUGUGUGUGUUAUGAGAGACCCGGAGAGCUGAAAAAUAUCAUAAAUAUGCAGAAUACAAGGUCUGUACAAAAAAAAAGCAUCAAUCUAU